CUUCUUUAUUUAUUUUUAUUUUUUCCUCUACUCUCUAGCUACGUAUAUAUUAAUAGACUGGGAUGCUCUCUUUGCCCUUGAUCAGCAUCAACAAAUUAAGUCUUCAAGCUUGGAGCGAUGGUGGUUCCUACUCGAGCUGUGUUUCUCUUCACCCUCGCUCUUCUCAUGAUUUCUACGUCUCCGGUUCUCGGAAGACAAGCAUCCCAAGCUCAUCAUAGGUAUCGUCAAGGCACAACAGUAUCAAGCGAACUGGAGAAAAAUAAAUCAAGGCAUGAGAAGCCUUAUACGCUUCAGAUAGCAGGAUCGAAACUGCCAGAUUGCUCUCAUGCUUGUGGAUCAUGCACACCUUGUCGUUUAGUGAUGGUGAGCUACGUUUGUGCAACGAUUCAGGAGGCAGAGACUUGUCCUAUGGCGUAUAAGUGCAUGUGCAAAAGCAAGGCUUAUCCUGUUCCCUAGAUUUGUGAUGUGUAUGUAAGUAGCAAUAUCAUGUAGGCAUAGAAGAGAUUGCAAAGUUUUAGGUAAUAGAAUUGUCCUAGUCCAAUUAAAUUUGCACGAGUAGAAGUUUUUGACUUAAUUUUGUUCUCCAUAUAUGUUGUUUUGCUCUGUACCAACCAAGGAUAGACCCCCUGUAGUUCUAUAUUUGCUGAUAGACCCAUCUACUACCACCCAAUUGCAAAUAGAUCCCCUCAGCAAAUUUUUUUGCUCUUUUACCCUCACAAGUUCUAUUUGUCAAACAAUAAUUUCAUUUUUCCUUAAAGAUAAAAAAAGUCCAAAAAAUUCACUCAGGGGGUCUAUCU